ACUUCUCCACCUCACCCAACAAACCGUACGUCUUCCUCGCGCCUUGUGACCCUCUCAUUCCCCUUCCAACUGCUUCCAUCUCUACCCCCAGCUCUCCUCUAAUACAAGGCGCUAGAUAUACAAUGUCCGCACCCAACGCCGGCCGCCAGUCCCCCGAUCCCGAGAGGCAGACGGGCGCUCAGCAGCAAGACCCCGUCGCCUCCAACGUCAACGAGCAGGGCGGCGCGCCCUCGCAGGGAAACGCCAAGGAGGCUUCCGACGACCAGAAGGCGAGCCUGUCCUCGAACCCGACGCACCCGCUCGAGAAGUUCGCCGAGGAGAAGACGAGUAAGAAAUGAUGAGCUCGCUCGUUGCCAGAUGGGUACUCGUGGAGGUGGGCGGAUGUGCGAGGACUACUGCCUUUUCCGAUGGGUCGUGCUAGGUACUUAUGAGCUCUGAGCCCUGAAGGGUUGAGAUAGCUUUCUGUAUUCUGAGAAAAAAUGGAUGCGGAUACGAUUGAUGACGUUUGCUCGCCGCUGGAGUUGUGCUUGAAGCUUGAUGUUUUGAGAUGCGAAGUGUGACUGACUGGCUCAUAAUCAGUCUUGGGAAGAUCGAGCAGUG